AUGUGCCUGCUCUAUAGAAGUUUGGUAGCAAACAUUUUAAUCUCCGACGUGUUGAAGAUUUUAAUUAACCAUUCAAAUCCUUUGCUUCUUCGUUUGAUCGCUGAUAUGCAGUUGCGACACGAUUUACAACACUUGCUGCAACAACAACAUGAGCAACAGUCUCAACAACACACCAACAACUCGUCAUCAGUAAAAACUCACUAUGACAGUAGUGUUGAGAGCAAUUGGCUAGAGAGAAUAGAGAUAUCUAAAAAGCGUCUGUAUAGCUACUUCCUCAUGCAGUACCUACAUACCUCUAACAAAUUCAAAAAUAAUAUUGAUAAUAGUAACAAUUGUGAUCCCGACUACGAUAAUGAUAAUAACAAACCAUAUGGUGAUAACAGUUACAAUGGUGAUAGAGAUAAUGAUGAUGAAGUCAGAUCUGGGAAGAAGAUAAAAUUUGACGAUGAUGGUGAUGUAGUUGAUGAUGACAAAUGCAUUGCUUGCUGUGUUAAACCCGAAAAGAGUGAUGACGAAGACGAAGAUAUUGAUAUCAGCACUAAUGAUGAUGAUAAUAAUGAUGAUAAUAAUCUUAACGGCAAAUAUUCAGAAGAGUUAAAAAAUAUUACGCAUGUUGAUGGAAAUGAUGAUGACGUAAAAGAAAGCUGCAACUAUUCCAAGAUUCUUUCAUCAGUUCUUUCAUCUCCUUCAUAUUCCUCAUCAACACCAUCAUCACCUUCAUCAUUUCUGCCAUCUUGUUUUACGUCAUCAUCGUCGUCGUCGUCCGAGUCAUCUUCCUUUUUCACUUCACCGUCAUUAGCUCAGUCAUCUUUAUCAAGAAUUUUUCCAGAAAAUCUUCAGUCUCAAGCUUUAUCACAUUCAUCCUUAUCACCACCAUUAUCGUCAUUGGCAUCACCAUCAUCAUCAUUAUCAUCAUCAUCAUCACCAUCAACAAUUACAACAACGUCACCAUUUUCGUUGUUAUCGUCCUCUUCGUUAUCAUUAAUUGUAUCAUCAUUAACGUUAUCACCGCCUGCCAGCAGCGAGGAUAAAGAUGAUUACAAUGAUGACAACCGCAAGGAACAAGAAUGUUCGUACAAGAAUGAUAAUGAUGCAAAUAAGAUUAAUGAUGAUAAUAAUAAUGAUGAUGAUGACAAUAAAAUUGGUGGUUAUAAUUUCGAAGUUAAUGACCAUGUUUGCGAUAAAUGA